CUUCGCCGCGCUCGUCUGCUGAGCGGAGAACCAGACAGCUCGCUCUCUAGAAGGAAGUGCAUCUGAAGUGCCGCUGUAUUUAUUUUGAUGCACAUGAGCGUUCAUCUCUUCCGGUUAAAUAACGUAAUCCCCGACAUCAGCACAGAGGGGUUUCACCCGGUUGUAUGCAUCUCCCCGGUAACGUUACAUGUACUGUAGCGGUAGAGGCUGUUUUCACCGGAGCAGCGUGGGUUAAGGUGGGCCUUGCCCGGAUAUCUGUCUGACAAGCGAACCAAAACCGAUCCGGUACCCGCUUCAAGAUAACCAGCGCACUCAGUCCUCCAGAGAGCACACUUGGAGCCCGUUUGGACUGUCACACACACACUAGCCAGAUGGCGGAUAACCUGAGCGAAGCCCUGAAGACUCUGAAGCUCUCGUCGGCAGACAGCACUUCAGACAGUGUCGAGGGCUGCUUGGACUGCUUGCUCAAAGCUUUGGCCCACAAUAAUGUUGAUACCAGUGGAAAGAUCCAGGAGAUGGGUGUUCUUGCCAUGAUACCCACUCUUCUGUCUGCGCAGAACUCGUGUACACCAAAAGUAGCCAAACUCAUUGCAGAGGUGGCCAAAAAUGAAUUCAUGAGGAGCCCGUGUGUGGAAGCAGGACUCAUUCCUCCUCUGGUUCAGCUGCUAAACUGUAAGGACCAGGAAAUACUGCUCCAGACGGGACGAGCCCUCGGCAACAUCUGCUACGACAGCCAUGAGGGCAGAAGUGCAGUUGACGCAGCGGGCGGUGCUCAGAUAGUUGCCGAGCACAUUAAGUCUCUGGCCAUCUGCAUGAACCCGAGUAAAGAGAAUCUGCUGUUUUGUCUUUCCUCUCUAGACUCGCUGCAGGCUCAGCUGAUCAGCAUGGGUGUGAUCCCCACACUGGUCAGACUGCUGGGAGUUCAUUCUCAAAACACCGCGCUCACCGAGAUGUGCCUCAUUGCCUUUGGCAACCUGGCAGAGCUUGAGUCCAGUAAGGAGCAGUUUGCCUCUACUAAUAUUGCCGAGGAGCUGGUUCGACUCUUCCGUAAGCAGGUGGAGCAUGAGAAGAAGGAGAUGAUCUUCGAGGUGUUGGCACCACUCGCUGAGAAUGAUGUGAUCAAGCUUCAGCUGGUGGAUGCUGGUCUGGUGGAGUGUCUGCUGGAGGUCGUGGCUCAGACGGUGGACAGCGACAGGGAGGAGGACGUGGCUCAGCUCAAGACGGCCUCAGACCUCAUGGUCCUUCUGCUGUUGGGAGAUGAGUCGAUGCAGAAGCUGUUUGAGGGGGGCAAAGGCAGCGUGUUUCAGAGGGUCCUUUCAUGGGUGCCCUCCAACAACCACCAGCUCCAGCUAGCAGGAGCGCUCGCCAUCGCUAACUUUGCCCGCAAUGAUGGGAAUUGCAUCCACAUGGUAGACACUGGUAUCGUACAGAAGCUUCUCGAGCUGUUAGACAGACAUGUUGAAGAGGGGAACGUGACGGUGCAGCAUGCCGCCCUCAGUGCUCUGAGGAACCUCGCCAUCCCGGUGGUUAACAAAUCUAAGAUGCUCUUGGCUGGUGUGUCGGAUGUAGUGCUGAAGUUCCUCAAAUCUGAGAUGCCUCCAGUCCAGUUCAAGCUUCUGGGAACGUUACGGAUGCUCAUCGACACACAGGCUGACGCAGCAGAGCAGCUGGGGACAAACUCAAAGCUGGUGGAGCGUUUGGUGGAGUGGUGUGAAGCGAAAGACCACGCUGGAGUGAUGGGAGAGUCCAACCGCCUGCUGUCCGCUCUCAUCCGACACAGCAAGUCAAAGAAUGUGGUCCGAACAGUUAUACAAGGUGGAGGUGUUAAGCACUUGGUAACCAUGGCGACGAGUGAACACAUGAUCAUGCAGAAUGAAGCGCUGGUGGCCUUGGGUCUCGUAGCGGCACUAGACCUGGAUUGCACAGAGAAGGACUUUGUCGGCGCUAAUCUGGUGCAGGUUCUACACAAACUGCUGACAGAUGAACACAGUGCACCGGAGAUCAAAUACAACUCCAUGAUUCUCAUCUGCUCCAUCAUGGGAUCAGAGCCGCUGCAUAAAGAAGUGCAGAGCUUGGCCUUCAUCGACGUGGUGUCCAAUCUGCGCUCACAUGAGAACAAGACGGUGGCGCACCAGGCCUCUCUCACAGAGCAAAGGUUAACGGCACAGAGCUAAAGGACUCUUCCACAGCAUCUCCUCCCUGCCUGCUUCCCCUCACACACACAUAUCUCUCGUUGUCAUGUGCCAAGCUGUUGUCCCCUCCGCAUUCCCCGCUAAUAGACUCUCAAAGCCCUCUGUUUGCUCCGCGCAUGCAGAGACGUGUUACCCAAAGGCGGCCAUACUUUGUAGACAGCCUUCUGCAAUAGAUUCAUACCCAAACAGCAAAAUAUUUUUAAAAGACCAUAGCUGUGAUUAAAAAAACCCCAUGAAAUUCAUCUAUAAAAGUUGAGAUAAAAAUAGUACAUGUUGGCAGUGGAAAUAGCGCAGUUGUGCUUUCAUGACUUGUAAAAUCACACAUACCAACCAACUUGUGCAUGUUUUUUUUUUUUUUAAAUCAUCCGGUUUGUUGAUGUAUCUGUGGUCAGCUAUUCAAGCCACGCCCAUAUGAUAUGCCCCGCCCCCUCUCCUUCUGCUUACUAAUUUACAUAGAAGAGUAGAGAUCAAAUGUGUUUGUACUGUAUAGGGCACCUCUGGACCAGCAUGGACCUUUUCAUAUUUGCCUCCUGGUCCUUGUGCCGCCCAUGAUCCAAAUCUCCUGGAAAGAGCUAAUUCCAUAUCAUUAGUCUGUUGCAUUUACAAAAAUCAAUGAUUAUUGUCAUAUGGAUGUGUGAAGAAGUAAUAUAUCUUGAUACCGAGGACUACAGUCGUUGUAUGUGGCGCUCUUGGAAACACGAUUUUUAUCAUUUCAGGACCUCAUCAAAAGAAGUGACGUCAUUAUAGUGUAGUAUCAAUAACUUAAAAAGGAUAGUUCACCAAAAAAAUUACAAUUCUGUCAUUAUUUAUUCACAUUCAUGUGGUUCCAGAACUCUAUGGCUUUCAUUCUUUUGUAAGAACACAAUUUAGGUAGCCAAACAGUUUUGGGUCUUGUUGACUUCCAUAGUAUUUUUGUCCAUACUGUGGAAGUCAAUGGCACUUGGAACCAUUUAGUUACCAACAUUCUUUAAAAUAUCUUCUUUCGUGUUCCUGAGAAGAAAGAAAUGGCAACGUUCUGUAGACGAUAUCUUGAAGAAAUUUAGUGUCCAAAUUGUUUCAGGUCCCAUUGACUUCCAUUGUAUUUUUGUCUAUACUGCGGAGGUCAGUGGGACCGAAAUGGUUUGGUUAACAAAUUCUUCGAAAUAUCUUCUUAUAUGUUCCACAAACAAAAUAAAAUAUAGAAGGUAUUUUGAAGAAUGUUGGUAACCAGACAGUUUUGGGUUCCAUCGACUUUCAUGGUACAUUUUAUCCGUGCUAUGAAAGUUAAACGGACCUAGAACCAAAGAAAGAAAUGCAAAGACCCCAGAAGCGAACAAAGAAAUGCCAACAUUCUGUAGAAGACAUUUUGAAGAAUGUUGGUAGCCAAACCGUUUUGUGUCCCAAAGACUUCCAUU